UUCAGCGGUGUUGUUGUUUGUCUUCACAGCGGUGUUUCCAACUAAAACACCUACAACCACAUGCUGUUCUUUACCCAGUAACGACCAGUGUCUGUGGUCUAUCUUUCUGGGGUCUUUUAGGGUCUUUUAGGGUGUUUAUUUCCUCCAUAAAGCCGCUCUCAGCUGCUCUGGAGGGGGCGGAGUGUCUGCAGAGCUCUGCGCCGAUUGGGGCGCUCGAUCCCGGGGAAGAGAGAGAUGUCGUGCCUGCUGGAGGCCCCUCUCCGCGUUAGCGUGCUGUCUGAAGUCACUGCCACUAGUCGCCAUUAUGUUGACCGGCUGUUUGAUCCCGACCCACAGAAAGUGCUGCAGGGAGUCAUCGACAUGAAGAAUGCUGUCAUAGGAAACAACAAGCAGAAGGCCAAUCUGAUUGUCCUCGGAGCUGUGCCGAGGUUACUUUACCUGCUCCAGCAGAGCUCGUCCAGUUCGGAGCUACGGACCGAGUGUGCCGUGGUGCUGGGCAGCCUCGCCAUGGGCACCGAGAACAACAUCAAGUCCCUGGUGGACUGUCACAUCAUCCCUGCCCUCCUUCAAGGUCUUUUGUGUCCGGACCUGAUCUUCAUUGAAGCCUGUCUUCGAUGUCUCAGAACGGUCUUCAUCAGUCCAGUCACUCCUGUGCAGCUGCUCUAUACUGACCCCACUGUGAUUCCCCAUCUAAUGUCUCUACUGAGCCGCUCACAGAGAACCCAGGAGUACAUCACACAGAUCUUCUCCCACUGUUGUAAGACCCCAGAGCACCAGACGGUUCUUUUCAACCACGGCGCCAUCCAGAACAUAGCCCCUCUACUUAUCUCGCCCUCUUAUAAGGUCCGGAUGCAGGCGUUAAAGUGUUUCUCAGUCCUCGCCUAUGAGAACACUCAGGUCUCCAUGACACUGGUGAAUGUGCUGGUGGAUGGUGAGCUGCUCUCUCAGGUAUUUGUCAGAAUGAUGCAAAGGGAUCAACCCAUUGAAAUGCAGCUAACGGCAGCCAAAUGUCUAACGUACAUGUGUCGAGCGGGUGCCAUCAAGACGGACGAAAGCUGCAUAGUCCUAAAGACCCUGCCGUGCCUCGUGCGGAUGUGCAGUAAAGAGCAUUUGCUGGAGGAGAGGGUGGAGGGUGCGGAGACACUUGCCUACCUGAUGGAGCCCGACGUGGAGCUGCAGAGGAUCGCGAGCACUACAGACCACCUGGUGGCCAUGCUGGCCGACUACUUUAAAUACCCCAGCUCUGUGUCUGCCAUCACUGACAUCAAGAGGCUGGAUCAUGACCUGAAGCACGCACACGAGCUGAGACAAGCUGCUUUCAAACUGUACGCCUCCCUGGGCUCCAACGACGAGGACAUACGCAAGAAGAUCACAGAGACAGAGAACAUGAUGGACCGGAUAGUCAGUGGCCUAUCAGAAUCCAGCAUCAAAGUCCGUUUAGCAGCCGUUAGGUGUCUUCACAGUCUUUCGCGGUCGGUGCAGCAGCUGAGGACGAGCUUCCAUGACCAUGCAGUGUGGAAACCCCUCAUGAAGCUGUUGCAGAACGCCCCCGAUGAAGUCCUGGUCAUGGCCUCCUCUACACUAUGCAAUCUACUACUGGAGUUCUCUCCAAGCAAAGAGCCCAUCUUGGAGUCGGGGGUGAUUGAAUUACUAUGCAGUCUGACCCAGAGCGACAGUCCAGCACUGAGGGUCAACGGGAUCUGGGCUCUGAUGAACAUGGCGUUCCAGGCGGAUCAGAAGGUGAAGGUGGAGAUCGUUCGGGGUUUGGGCACAGAACAGUUGUUCCGCCUGCUAUCGGACCCCGACACCAACGUUCUGAUGAAGACCCUCGGUUUACUGCGCAAUCUGCUGUCAACACGCCCACACAUCGACCAGAUCAUGAGUUCUCACGGGAAGCAGAUCAUGCAGGCGGUGACCCUCAUCCUGGAAGCGGAGCACAGUAUAGAGGUCAAAGAGCAGACGCUGUGCAUCCUAGCCAACAUCGCCGACGGCAACACAGCCAAGGAACUCAUCAUGACCAAUGAUGACAUGCUCCAGAAAAUCAAAUACUACAUGGGGCAUUCGAAUGUGAAACUGCAGCUCGCUGCCACCUUCUGCAUCUCCAAUCUUAUCUGGAAUGAGGAGGACGUUCAAGCAGUGGUCAACAACGAUUGUGCCCACAAAGGUCAGCACAGCUCAGGUUCUCAGGAGCGUCAGGAUAAGCUGAGGGAGAUGGGCUUUGUGGACAUUCUGCACAAACUCACCCAGGCCACUGACCCCAACCUCUGUGACAGGGCGAAGACGGCGAUGCAGCAGUACCUAGCGUGACCACAGGGAGGAGGGUUCCUCUUCUGUCAGCCUGACUAACAAUCACCGGGAGGACGCCUGCCAUCGGUUCUUUGGUUUCUUGUUUUAUUAAACCUCGAGGCUGCUUUUGUUGCACAAAGACACUGUUCUUUUUGGGACCUGUGGCUGGCCUCCCUUCAACCCCACCCACCCCACCUUCUAAUAACACCACCUCAACAGUUCAGCUCACUCUGAACCGCAUCAUGGAGACUCUGAGACCGUGGAUGUGGGAAAUCAACGGUUAGGAGGGGUUCUUGUGUUUUUUUUUCUGUUUUUUUUUUUUAGAUUUUCAUCAAUGAAGUGAUUUUUUUUUUUGACUCCUUUCGGGACUUUGUGAUUUGAGAUUUUUUUGUUUCCUUGUUGGAGUGCGUCAGCUUGAAACCAGCACCACUUUGGUGCAUCUGGACUCCCCAUAGCGGAGAUUCUGGUUUAGGAGAAGCGGACUACGAGGUUUGACGCAAGAGCAGCAAAGCUUCCCAGUUUUAUUUUAUUUUUUAAUUAAUAUUACUAUUAAUAAUGUUUCCUUUUUAAGGCGUCGCAAGCAAGGACAUAUUUGGAAAAAAAAAACAAAGACUGCCUAUUUUGAAAUUUUGGGUGUUUUCUUUUUCUUUGUGGAUACAUACCUCGUAAAUAUAUAAAUAUAUAUAAAUAUAAACAUAAAUAUAUAUUUUUGGAUUUUUAUUUUCCCCUGACCCCUCUGUUCGUUUUCAUUCAUUCUCUCUGAACCAUGAUUCUUGUCACAGUAGGAGAAUCCACUGCAGUCUGAUUCAAGUAUGUAACGUGGUCUCUAGAGGUGAAUAAGGAAGAGAAAUGUAAUUCCCCUGAUUUAUUUUUUUUCCUCCUCUCACAGCGGUGGUUCCUACGUGCACUGACGCCCGUCACUUCUGUCCAACAUCCUUAUAAUCCCAAUGGGAAAUGUAGUUUCCAUAGUGCUAACUCUGACCUGCCGGUUACUAAUUAACAGGCAUGAGUACACACAGCACCAGAGAUAAGAGGAUGCAUGUAUCCUCACGUCUCUGCUGAAUAAGACUCCAUGUCUGUCGCCGUCUCUGUAUUCUCUGCACCCCCCCCUCUGUGUGUGUUUGUCAAAAGAGAUAAAGGAAAGCUCCUGGGUUUCUAUCCUCUCAUGUGUUUCGAGAAGCGAGCGAGGACAGAGUAGAUUUAAGGAAUAAAGGAAGGAACUACUGGAGACUGGCCCCUGGAGGGUGAAGCACUAAACGCAUCCUCAGCAGCAGAAUCAAGUUCUACGUUUGUUUCCUCCUCGAUCAUUUAUUUCCUGUCCCAUCAGGAUAAAUCUAGAGUGUUGUUCCCUGACAUUUCAAAACCCUACUGAAACUCUGAUAGAAUGAAUGUUACCAUUGAAAAUAUAUGCAGACCUGAAGAAGGAUUUCUUCUGUGUUGCGUCUUAUUUCUGCCGGGUUGCUUUACGUGUUUGGUUCUGAGCUUUAACGUCUGCAAUCAGAUUAAAAACAGCAACAAGUAUUAUUUAUCUCUCAUCCACAUUGUGUAAAGAGAAAGUUCAGAGAUACAGUAUUUUGGGGGGAAUUCUACAGUAUUUUUCCAACUUUGCCAGAGUCAGAAAUAAAAAAAAUACCUGAGGACAGA